GCGGAAUUUAAAAACAACGUCAUGCACAUCCUGUUUACGUUAGUCGGCUAGCUUUUAGCUCAGGCUAAAACAAUUCUGCAUGUUAACGUCAGACAUGUAAAUAAAGUAUUUAAACUAUUUCUUUCAUUUUGCGCACUUUUUGCUUUGUUCGACGCAAUCAAACAGCAACCGUGUUGUUUGCACCGUUAGACAGAAGUAACGGUAACUUCGUUAGCCAAGUAGCUAACGGCUAUCCGAGACCGACAGAUAUUGACUGUAACUGCAGUAAGAGACGUCUACUCUACAUUCACCCAGGUACCACUAAUUAACCCGCGUAUGUUUAAAAGCGUGUAGGACAUAAGCUAGUUUGCGUUAGCCAACAAGCUAACAUGAGAGUCUGGUGACAGCAGCUACCUUCGCUCUCUGACAGCUAACUUGAUGACUUGAUUUAGCGCUACCUGUCCAUAAUGGAGGACACCUCUUCUUGUUCUUCUACGGUCGCUGGUCUUUCUGGAGCGUCUUUCUUGCAGCGGACGUUGGAGCGGUUAUCCUCCACACAGUCUCUGAACGUAAACACCGAGGACGAGGCGGCGGCUCCUGUCGCUGUCAUCGCACUUCAGCGGUAUUUAUCCGAGCAAACCGACGGGCAGCAGCAGCUCGACAGCUACAGCUACGACGUGACGGUCACCGACGGAGUCUGGAGAGCCAAAUGCUUCGUCCACCCGAGUUUAAAUCACCUGGUGCACACUAACACCCUGCGGACUGGGGCCGACAUCGACAUCACGCAGUGCUCUUUCGUUUACAACGAGAGGAGGCUGGGACACGGCUACAUGUGCAUCGAAAAGCUCCGGUGUGGUGCGGAGAGGUCCGCGCUCCUGUCCCGCGUCAAGGACGUCGGUUCACUGCCCAUGUUGGUCAAGCACGGCAUGGAGAGGAGCGUGCUGCUGCAAAGCGACGUUCCUCUCCAGGUGAGCCGCAAACAUUACCUGUCUCUGUGGAACAACGAAGACCCAGAGGGGGACAUCUGGACCUCCGGGUCUCCCCCAUCCGACACGGUGCUGGAUGUGUCCACGAUUACUCUGCUGUGUAGUCUGGAGUCCUGCUUUAGAAAGACAUGGAAGCCUCUCCCUCUCCUCGUGAAGAUACUACACAAAUCUAGAUUACGCUAUUAUGGGAAGUUUGGCCUCAAGAUUGAUUAUCCUUUCUACACCUACUUUGAAGUGGCUGACCAGAGUGGGACAAUGUCCCUCGUGCUCUGGAACGAACUCUGCCCAGACUUCUACCAGAGGCUGAGCGUCGGCACCGUGUUGUACAUCCAAAACUACGCCCUGAAGCCGAGUUAUUCAAACCGAUCACACCCGCAAAUGGACCACUACCGAAUGAAGAUGUUUCACUCUGUAGAAAUCAGCCUGAACCUUCGCAACCCUACUUCAGUCAUCACCGUGAUCUCACCAAAGAGUGUGCUGCCUCAGUGGCGGUUGCCCGAGGUUUCCUACCAAUUCACCGCCAGGUCAGAGUUAGAAAACCUUUCCAACAAUUCUGCGUGUGAUGUCAUCGGUUUGGUGACGUUUGUUGGCCGUGUUGAAAGAGUCAAGAGUAAAGGGAACAAGGGUAAAAAAAUGUUCACUAUCUAUAAACUGGUAAGUAGUAGUUUUACAACUGAAGUAAAGCUGCUGAUUUCCCUUUUUUAUAUUUUAAUGUUCACCUUUUUAGGUCCAGAAAAAUACUGGACUUACCGCUGGAUCCACGCGGUGGAUGGAACGUCGGAGCAUCCUUUUAUCCUGGAGGUUUUUUCCUCUUCCCACCCGGAAGUCUUCAGUCGUAUAUGCCCAAUGACCUACCUGGUGUGCACUCAGAUGAGGGUUUGUCCGGUGGAAGGCUCGUUGCCCUACCUCACCAGCAGCAACGAGACCGAGACGUUCAUCACAGGCCACCACAAAGGUCAGCCGUAUGUGAGCGACCCCAGAGUGAAAAGCUUCAUCCAGUGGACCAAAACUCUGAAGGACAACAUCGUCCUCCAGAAGACUGCUGUCGGUGGCCAUUACUGCUACCCUCGGCCCCCUGGGACAUUCACACAGUCAAUGGCGGACGUCUCAACUCAAGCUCCUCUGGUUGCUGCGGCUGACUUGAAGAAGGAGUUGGAGACUCUGCAAUAUAGGGAACAUAAAAAAGUUGCACUUCAAGGACAGAUCACGGCAGUGCGGUACAUGAAAAACCCAAAGACCACAGAGUCUCGGGGAACACAAGAGAAAGAGGUGCGAGAUGUUUCUACAGAUGCUCACAACCAUCCCUCAACAGCUGAGCAGACUUUGGCGGCCAGUUCAACAUCUGCCUCUCCUGAGAAAAUCCCAGCAAGGAAAAGAAGAAUUCAAACGAGAAAAGCCACGCAGUCCUCUUUGAAUUGUGUCAGCGCGUUGGCGAAAAGGAGACAUAAAGACACUGAAGAAGAAGAAGAAGAGAGUGACUCUGGAUCUGAGGAGGCUCAGGAUGUGGAAUGCCGCCAACAGCUGCAAAAUCUAAAUCCAGACGCCGAUGUACUAUCUUGGGAGAGCAGCAGUUGGCCGAAGCAACGACAAGAAGUGUCCGAACAUCUGGUCCGAGGCGGUCUGUACCGGGACAGCGUGUCUCGGAGGUUCACGUUCGACGAAAAGAACGUCCUCCUGCGGCAAAGUAACCUUCAACCGACGCGGUGGACGGCGGAGCAGAACGCAGACGUCAUUGCUCCUGUGGUGUGUCCGGGGUACUACCAAGUAACAAUAUUAGGCAUAAACAAGCAGAUAGCCGUGGAUGCUGCAUAUUUGCCGGUUGUGAGCUCAGACGAGCCCCGGGCUGUUGGUCUUCCUCAGGAUCCCCACGGCAACACCAUGCUGUCCUGCCUGUCGUCGGGCUUCCUCUGUCCGCUCGGCGACGCCGACAGCAACAGCGAAUCAGCGCUUCCCGAGCCAGGUAGAAAACGCACACCGGUGGAAGAGGGAGAGGACCGAAACCUCGUUCGGUUCAGCCUUGACCUGAAGAUCUUUUUUUCAUCACUAAUACACAGCAGCGCAUUUUCAGAAAUCAACAUGACGGCCCAGAUGUUUGUCUUGCAGAGGAGGUCUUGGCGACUGCCGUCGAGCUGGAGGACACGCACGUGGUGUGCGUCCUGGACCUUUGCAGUCUGGGUGGAGACGAGGUGGAAGUCCUGGUCGACAAGGUGUACAGAGUGACAGAGGUUUCUCUCAAUUAAGAUCAGCAGCACACAUUAAUCAUGUCAUUGAAAUGUCUUCGAUUACCUGUUUACACAUGUACAGCAAAUGUC